GUGGGAGCUGAGUAGGAGCUGAGCAAGGGAGAUCUGCGCAUCGCACAGGGUAAAUCUCCCGUGGUUCUCUCUCACACCUCACUUACUCUCGUUCUCCCACCCCUCUCUCUUCCCUCAUUCUUCAACUUUCGCGUACCCUCUCUUCUCUUCGCCGUCUACUGUCCAGAUUCUUCAUGAGCAUGAGCGACUCCUGAGAGAGCUGGAUCACGUCAGGCGCUUGUUGUGUCAUGCCAGAGCUUGCUCAUCCAUCCCUGUCUCCCUCCGAGGACUGCAGCCCCCGCGUCCAUCCCCGUGAGUCCAUGACGCUCCGUCACCGCGGUGCAGGCCGAUCUGCAACCUUUGCAGAGGGUACCGCCAACCUGCGAAAUCAACGUCGCAAUUCCACCUUGUCCGACACAGUAUCUGAGGCGCGGAACUCAAUUCGGUCAUCCACGGACGACAUACUUUUCCCACGUGCGGCCAAGAGAAAUGACGUGAACCUGACAAAUGAAGAAUCACAUUGGCAUUCAGCACCCUUGGGCCUCGCUUUAUUGCCUGCGGUUGCCGGAAUCUUUUUCCAGAACGGAAGUGCCGUGGUCACCGACGUCACCCUUCUAAUUCUCGCAGCGGUCUUCUUGAACUGGUCCGUUCGAUUGCCGUGGGACUGGUAUCGCUCCGCACAAGCUAUUCGCCAUGCAGAUAGGUUCUUUGACGCGACGGAUUCGCCAUUUCGAUCAGAAGCCGACGACCCUCCGUCCUCGCAGGGAGACAAAGGAGAAGUCACUGAGAGUGAUGGCCAAAAGCUCCGUGAUAGUGCUGCGGCAGCAGCAGCCAGUAGGGAGCUACAGAUCCACGAAAUCAUAGCUCUUGUGUCUUGCUUCGUAUUCCCAGUAAUUGGGACAUGGAUUCUACACGCCAUCAGAUCCAAGUUAUCGCGCCCUUCGGAAGGGCUAGUGUCCAACUACAACCUGACGAUAUUCCUGCUGGCGUCGGAGAUCCGGCCUGUCUCCCAUCUUCUAAGAAUGGUACAGGCGCGAACGCUCCAUCUCCAGCGAGUUGUCACAUUGUCGUCGGAAGACGAAUCAGACAGAAUAGAUGUGCAUGAUAUUGCGAAGCGCCUUGAGGAGCUCGAAGCCCACGUAGCGGAGACUGCUGCAGCACGUCUGUCAGCCAGUACCGUGGAUCAGGCGCAGCCACAUACGCAAGAUCUGGAAACGAUUCAAUCGGCAAUCACGCAAACGGCUGCAGAAGUGCGGAAGACCUUCCAAGCAGACAUUGAUGCGCUGAAUCGGGCCGUACGAAGGUAUGAAAAGCGGACCGCCGUUUCUGCCUACCAAACGGAUUCUCGUCUUCAAGCCCUGGAAACCCAGAUGCAUGACGCCUUCUCCUUAGCGGCAACAGCCCAUCGAACAAGCAUUCAACGGCCACAGGGAGCUUUUCUUAUGAUAGUCAAUGGCAUUUACGCUGCCUUUUUACUGCCUGUGCAGGCCUUCUUGUCCAUUGUCACUCUCCCAUUGCACCUGUCGAGAAGCUGCUUGCGUUAUAUCAAAGGCAUACUGUUCUCAAAAUCUUCACCAAUUCCUCCCCUCACUAAAGAGAAAACACCACACAGCAAACCACGAUUGGCGAAGAAGACAGCACGGUCAACCUCGGAAGAGGAGCGAAAAGAUGCCCGGGCCCUUGGUCAGAUCAAAGAAAUUCAAUAAUUUCUGCAACCGGCGUUUCACUUUGCCGAUCAUAAC